UGGCAAUAGCCAGCCUCUGAUCAGCAACGUCAUAUUAUGUACAGUGGACGCUCCUCCCCCUGUCUAGAUAUUUUUUUUCACUCAACCUCUCAUUUGACUCAAAGGCAGUCACACACCAAUUUGCGCACAGACCGUGGAAAAAUAGGGGCAGAAGAUGGCUGACUUUACCGGGCAUCGCGAGCCCUCAACAGCAUCAUCAACAUCACCCGGGCUGUUCCCAAGCUUGACAUUCGCGGUUAGGCAACUUUAAAUCAGCCCCGCCUUAUCCAGCCAUCCACCACCGCAAAUAUUGACAGAGCUAUUAUAAACAAUGGCAGAGAUGGAAAAAGAGGGCAGACCCCCCGAAAAUAAAAGAAGCAGAAAACCGGCUCACCCAGUGAAAAGGGAAAUCAACGAAGAAAUGAAGGUUCGGGCUGAGCGGGCCCGCCCAUGGGCAGGCAUGGCGGGUGAUCUCCAUGGCAACCCACCCUACUCCAUGAGUUUUGCAGAGAACACUAUGAACGAGCUGCUGGGCUGGUACGGCUAUGACAAGGUAGACCUGAGAGACCAGGACAACAUCGACAUACGGAACUACCCAGAUGGAGAGGUACAACACAUCUCUGUCCUGAAAGAAAACUCUUUGCCAAAAAUCCCAGGAGGAUCGGGGGAGAACAGCGAUGUCUCCCCAAACCAAGUCAAUAGCUCCCACUCUACAUCAACAUCAAGGAAUGGAGUGACAGAGUCCUCCACCACCCCAUCCACCUCCACACCCAGCAGCAGGGAGCAUGGGAACAUGCCGAUCAUAGUCCCACUGAUCCCACCCUCCAUGAUCAAGCCACCAGCAGACGAGGAUGUGUCUAACGUCCAGAUCAUGUGCGCAUGGUGUCAGAAGGUUGGCGUCAAACGCUACUCCCUCAACAUGGGCACUGAGCUAAAGAGCUUCUGCAGUGAGAAGUGCUUUGCCGCCUGCCGCAGAGCCUACUUCAAGAGAAACAAGCUUGGAUAUUUAAGGAAUUACAGGGCGAGAGACGAAGACGGCCAUGGUGAGAAAUUACCCCAGCACAGCUAUUCUAAGGAUACGCCCAGGCUUGUCUUCAAAACAAACAGCGAUGUGCUUGUGUGUGACUGGUGCAAACACAUCCGCCACACCAAGGAGUACCUGGACUUUGGUGCCGGUGAACGGAGGUUGCAGUUCUGCAGUGCCAAAUGCCUGAACCAGUACAAGAUGGACAUCUUCUACAAAGAGACUCAGGCGGCGCUGCCAGGGGGCCUGUGUAACCCAGGACACGGCCCUGUGGAGGGCAAGUCAGAGAGCAGCACUGGGUUGCAGCUUUUAACACCCGAUUCCUGGGGCACACCUUUGGGUGACUUACGUCGCAAAGCCCCUUCUCCUGGGGCAAACCCCUCUGUGCCAGUCCCCUCCAGCUCCACCGCUGCCUCUCCCUCUGAGACAGGCACCGUCUGCUCUCCUUCUUUCUCGUCUGCCAAAAACUCCACACCCAGACCCCACGAGAGUCCCACCUUACCCCCUCCCCCACACCCCUCUCUGCACCCUCCCAUGGGAGUCCCCUCGGGCAGCCCCCCCAUGGUGAUGACGCCCCGGGGGCCCGUGCCCCUGCCCUUCUUCAUGGAGCAUCAGAUGAUGCAGCAGAUGCGCCCUUCGUUCCUCCGCCCACCUCCCCACCGCCCAGGCCCCAACAGCCCUCUGUCCAACCCAAUGAUCCCUGGCAUCGGGCCACCACCUCCACCACCCAGAACCCUGGCUCCACCAUCCAGCCCUAUGCACAGGCCCCAGUUCUCACCCCACCACCACCCCUCCAACAACCCCAACCUUGGAGGGAACCCUCCAGGGAUGAUGCCACCCUAUCCAGGCCUACACAUACCUGGUUUUCCUUUCACCUCCAACAUGAUGCCAAACGGGCCCAUGCAUAUGCCGCACAUGAUGAACUUCGGUAUACCUUCCCUUGCCCCCCUGGUGCCCCCACCAACCCUGCUAGUCCCUUACCCUGUCAUCGUGCCCCUGCCCGUGCCCAUCCCUAUACCCAUACCCUUCCCCUUCAACCCCAAGACCUCCAAGGACAACCCCAGCAGCAACAACGACCCCAUUCCGAGUGCGUCGAGGGAGAACACUGAUCUGACGGAGCCCAAGCCUUUCUACUCUGGUUCCUCCAGAGGGGAACUGAAGUUGGGGCCCUCCAGUUCUGGGGUGCACUCCUUGGGCUUUUCUGGCUAUACUCUGGACCGCUUUGGCUCUGAGAGAAGUAGGAUUGGUGUGGUGGACCUGACCGUGAAGACUGAGAGUCCGGAGAGUGCCACCACCUUGGGACUCUCGCUCUCUGGUGGCCCCGCAGCCUCCCUCUCCGAGGGAGUGAUCGACCUGACUCUGGGCCAGCGGUCGCGGCUGCAGCAGGUCACCCAGCGGGUGGUGCCCAGUGUCCAGGUGAAGGUGGAACCGGAAGGGGACUCAUCCAGCCCCCCACCCUCUGGACCAUCCUCUCUUGAUGUAUCUGGGAAGGGGGACAGCAGCCUAGAGGACAUGAGCCAGGAGGUCAGGGAGGCCAUUAGUGUCUCUCUGAAGCCAAACUCUCUAUCUUGUUGCCAGGCCACAUCACCAUCCCCCCAGCCAAACGAAAACUCCUACCUCACCCAGCUCACAAACCACCCUGGCACCACACAGACCCAGCCCUGCAACCUCGCUGCCCCCUUUAAUGUCAUAGUAAACGGCAGCAGUCAAUCCACAGACAGUCCCGGCAGGAGCACGCUACCCACACCUCAGCCUGACCCUGGUCGGAGAGGAGGAGGUGGCGAACCGGCCAACUGCGAGCUGGAGCGGGAUGCCCUGAAGGAGAACAGCUGUGCAGUGGCGGAGUGGGAACCAGGUAAGAGAGGCCCGAGUGACGAGGCAGCACAGGGGGGCACUGAUGAAGGCAAGCUAGAAGCUUUCUGCGACCUUAUGGAUCUAGACGAUGAUGACGACCACGCCUAUGCACUGCUGCUGCCCAAGGCUGGCUGUGUUAUCCAGCCCGGGCCAAAGCCCAGCGACAAGACAGCCAUUGUGUCCUAUAGCAUCAGCGCUCCUCUGGCGGCAGGGAGCCCCGAGCUGGAGCCACCGUUAAAGAGGAGGUGCCUGCGAAUACGCAAUCAGAACAAAUGAGGCAGAAAAGCUCAGAAAGGAGGCAGUAUUUCCCCAACAGAAUGAGGGACGCUUUUGAAGCUGUUGACUACACUAGCCUUCAACCAUCCGCUCCUCCACUCCACGAACCUCUCUCCCAGCCAACCAGCCAUGUAACCCUAAUCUUGACCACUCAGACCACCCACACUGCCCGUCUCCCUUCCAAAGCAAAUGCUCUGUCAGAUCUCUGCUCUCCGACCGGAGAAGCCACAAUGCUAACCCAAUAGGUUUACCAGCAGUUUUAUGUUCACUGGAAGAGUCCUACGGUAGCAUUUUUAGCCAGUCUGUCCCACAGUGAAAGGGGGAGUUUUCUUGUGGCAAGAAAUUCAGGCUAAAGUCACCCCACCCCACCCCCAUUUGCAUGAUCACAACCAGUACAAAAUGCUAACCUCCAACCCCCAUCCCACCAUUGACAGUAACAGGACUUUUGUUUUUAACUGGUAACCAAAAAGAGACAUCUCAUGAUGGAAGGUAACAAUCAGAAGGAGACAUUUUCUGAGCCUCAUUGGUUCAGGAAUAAGAAGGAAAAAGAGCAGCGGUGAAAUCCUUGUGUUCUGACUGUAGCGCUCUCCAUCCCUGGAGAUACCAAGGCCCCCUGCCAAAACAGAGCCUUUCUCUAGUAGAGCAAUGGGGAUAUCUCCACAAUAAAAGGAGACCUUGGCACUAUUGAUCUGCUCCUCUUCAGUGAGUUUCAUGGUCAUAAAAGACAAGGAUUUUCAUGUAUAUCCUCACUCACUGAUUUGUGGACAACAGGGUAGCGAUCUCACCAGCAAAUGAUGGUGGGCAACUGUGGACUAUGUGCAAUCUCUGCCAUCGUGGAGGCAAUUUUGCAUCUCUGCAAGACCCUGGUCAGACCGGAUCAGAUGUGUAAUUCUAAUUCUUAUCAUAAUUUAUAUAUUUACAUUUUUCACAUCCUAAUGCUAUUGAUGAUAAUGAUGUACUGUAUCUUCAGCCACAUCUCUGAUGUUAUGGUAAUGGAGUGACUUCCAUCAUGGAAGCAAAAACAGGACUGCUGCUCAACACACCGCUAAGGGAUUGCGUCAAUCAGGAGUUGAGACCACACCCAUUUGCAUUGUUUCACAUCACUAGUAUUCAGUAUUUAAAAAAAUGUAACAAUUCUUUAAUCAAUCACACAUGUUGUCAUAGAUAGUCAUAUUUACAUUCUAAAAAAAAUGUUUUAACAGUUAUUUAAUAUUUUAUUUAACUAGGCAAGCCAGUUAAGAACUAAUUCUUAUUUACAAUGACGGCCUACCCCGGCAAAACCUGGACGACGUUGGGCCAAUUGUGCGCCCUAUGGGACUCCCAAUCACAGCCGGAUGUGAUGCAGCCUGGACUUUUAUUAUGAUAUGGGGAAUCAUCUCACUUCCCUGUCCUUCAUCCUGUUCUACAUUUUGUAAUUUUCCAGUGUUAAUCUGUCUGGAUUAUAACAUUUUGUCAGUUUAUUUUGCUUCAUCAGAGUUUAUGCUGCCGGUAGACACUAACAUUUUUGCCAUCUAUUUAUUUACUAUGUUUUGGUGUCAUUACGUUUGCUAUGGCUUCAUGGAGGAAUUGUUUUCUCAAUUAUCUUGUAUAUCUAGUAUGUCUUAAAAUCUUUUGGUGCAAAGAUUAAACGAUUUCUCCCCCAUAGACUUCUUUCAACAUCAGAUUAGCUUUUUCGAUUUUCAUGUGCAAUCUUUCCUGCCAAAACCUCCACCUUCUUGCCAACUUCUUUUUCCAUCUCUCCAUUUCCCUUUGAGUCUGAACCUUUUUUCUCUUCCACUGAACACCAAUGGGAAAUGUCAUGUCACACCCACUCCAGAGCUAUGGGUUGCAUGUUUUAUUACAGAAAUAGGAGAGUUACACACAAACACACACACAUGCGUGCAUUUACACACACACACACAGAGGUGUCAAAAGCAACAACUCACCACGCUCUAUGAUGUACUCUCCCUUUCACACGCACAUACACUAACUAAAAUGAAGUUUAGAUAUUCAUUCUCUUUCCAUCCAUGUAUUGUUCUAACUCCUCUCUCUUGACUCCCUUCCUGAUGACAGUAGUGUUUGCCAAUGUUCAUAUUAGAGUCGGUUGACUCUGAGUAUGCACUGCAACACAAUCUGCCAUGUGUUGAUAGUCAGGCAUUUAGGCAUUGCCUGUCCCGUGCCAAGACUGAGAUUCUGUGUCACAGUAAUCAUUGCCUUGAAUUUCAGUCUCUCGCUUAUUAUUAUUUUUUAUAUAUAUAUUUUUAAUGUGUCUUAUAUUUCCAGACUCGGCCACCUAGCCUUUGUAGUCAUUAUAGUGCACACUCCAAAAGUAGCAAUUAAUUUUCAAACAAUUCAAUUUUGUACAGACUAAUUCUCAAUGAUUCCAACCAAAAUCAGAGAUCACAUAAGAAACAGAAAUUCUGAGGAAUCAUUUCUUCAUUCACGUUUACUUCAUUCACUUUCACCACCAAUGUAAUGUGAACCAGAGAUACUUCGACAAAAUAUAGCCUUGAAACUGGAAACGUGUAGUGUCUACGGUUCUUGACAGAUGUGGGAGACAGUUGAAACUGAGACAAUGAAACAGGUCGGGUUUCUGUCUGAUUGCAGAAAUGUGUUUUCCGGUCUGUGUGCAUGCACGUGUUGAAUUGAUAUCAUCUGACCAUUGCUGUCUUUGUCUGGGUGCAUCUCAGUUAAAAAUAAACAUAUGUAAUGCUUAGAAUUACCACUAGGUGUCAGGGUAGAUAUUCUUUGCUGCCAACACAGUGGGCCUGAAAAUACAACCAUGAUCAUUUUUUAUUUUUUUAGCAGAGCCCCCUUCUAACACUUCCACAUACCUUUGAGUGGCCCUGACGCAUAGACCUACUCACCCGAACACAACGGCAACAACACACACACACCUUAAUAUCACCUUCAUCGUUGUGACCGAAAAGACAAUUCAACCCUCCAGUGCCAGCAUCAUCAGUCUUGCUAAUGCUUACAGGAAUGAAGUGGAAAGCCAAUUGUAUUUGGUUAAAGUCAUCUGCCUAUUUUAUGGCGGAGAGAUUAAGAAUAAAAGAGAACAUUCAGCACCCAUGUAAUGAAAUGAAAUAGGCUAGGUCAACAGCCUAAGAUAUGCAAUGACAACUUCAUAUUCAAAAUCUUUAUGAAAGAGUAGAAAUACAAAACAAAAACAUGACAUUUUUCAUGUCACUUUUCAAACGUGAACAGAAAAGCUGCCUUAACUCUCGCUUGUGUACUACUCCACAGUGCAUACGAUGAUGCUCGCUAGUAAGACUCCCUACACAACUUUGUUGUGUUGAUGUAUAGCUGAUCAACUUUUUUUGUGACGUGUAAACCCAACCCUCACAUUUUGCUAAAAGACCCUUCUUCCUACAGCACCAACAACUGCUACUUGUCCCACACAUCCCCCUACCCCUUCUAUAUUUUAUCUUAUGGUGAAUUCUCAACCUUUUUGUGUACAUUUUAUAGUAUUAUUUAUUAUUGACAAAAUUACAUUAUUUGAACUGGGCAUUUUAUUUACAUGUCAAUGCUUGGUGAAGAGUCAAUUGUUUCUUUUAUAAUUAAAGUGAAAAAAACUGCAAGAAAUGGAAAUAACCCUUGUCUUUUUAUUAUGAAGUUGUUACAAUAACUUGUUGCCAAGAUUGCUUUGAAAAUAAUAAUGUUGUUCUGUAACAGUAUUUGCUUUAUUCAGUGAAUUGCUUAUGGAGACUAAUAAAUAGAGGCACACACCAA